AGAGGUGUCGGCAACACGUCGUGUACUUACUUUAAAUUGUUUUCAUCCUAAAAGAAGAAAUACUUCUUAUUGCGCUUGACUCGAACACGUACUUUUAUUCAAUUUAGUAAAUAAAGUAAUCGGUAAUUAUUAUAAAAAUCGAAUACGCUUAAUAUUCGGAAUAAAAUUCGACGAAUCUCAACGUGAAUUCGGGCGUCGACCGGUCAUCCCUCCUACCCGUAACCGUCGUCGAUUCCUUCGGCUACAAUCGUCAUUUUGUAGUUAUCAGAGCCGUGCGCGGCCACGGGUAUAGAACGUAGAAGAACGCGCUUUUUGGUAACUUAAACACUGUGUUGUGAGGUGUGGUGUCGGUCGGGUUGACCGUGUAUAUGUUGUAUAUAGUGUCGGAUUGCUGCAGUACGGGCCGCGAGUGAUCGGGCGGCACGAUGGUGGACAUGGAUAGAAACGACCCGGAGCUCCGGUAUCUGUCGGUGGAUAGAAACAGCUUCAAUGAUCCAGCUACGCAGGCGGAAUGGACGCAGAAGAGGUUAGUUUGGGUGCCUCACGAGAACCAAGGAUUCGUAGCGGCCGGAAUCAAAGGAGAGCGAGGAGAUGAAGUUGAAGUGGAGAUAGCCGAGUCAGGAAAGCGGAUGUUGGUGCCCAUAGAUGAUAUCCAGAAAAUGAAUCCACCAAAGUUCGAUAAAGUGGAGGAUAUGGCUGAACUGACCUGCUUAAACGAGGCUUCUGUUCUGCACAACAUAAAAGACAGAUACUAUUCUGGACUCAUUUAUACCUACUCUGGCCUCUUCUGUGUGGUCGUCAAUCCGUACAAGAAGUUGCCGAUAUACACGGAGAAGAUCAUGGAGAGAUACAAAGGAAUCAAGAGGCAUGAAGUACCUCCACACGUUUUCGCCAUCACCGACACGGCGUAUCGCUCCAUGCUUCAAGAUCGCGAAGACCAAUCCAUACUCUGCACCGGAGAGUCGGGCGCUGGUAAAACGGAGAACACCAAAAAGGUCAUACAGUACUUAGCGUACGUCGCCGCUUCGAAACCUAAAGGAUCAGGAGCGGGACCGUCGCCACAGCUGAUUAUAAGUGGACCUACAUACGAGGGCGAGUUGGAACAGCAAUUGUUGCAGGCCAAUCCGAUAUUGGAGGCGUUCGGUAAUGCGAAGACGGUCAAAAACGAUAACUCAUCUAGAUUCGGUAAAUUCAUAAGGAUAAACUUCGACGCGUCCGGUUUCAUAGCCGGUGCCAACAUCGAAACGUAUUUAUUAGAAAAGUCGAGGGCCAUAAGACAAGCGAAGGACGAGAGGACAUUCCACAUCUUCUAUCAGCUGCUGACGGGAGCGACCCCGCAGCAGAAAGCCGAGUUCAUUCUAGAAGAUGCGAAAAGCUACCCGUUUUUAUCUAGCGGCGCUCUACCGGUGCCCGGCAUCGAUGACGCGGCCGAGUACCAGGCCACCAUGAAGUCAAUGAACAUCAUGGGCAUGAACAACGAGGACUUCAAUUCGAUAUUUAGGAUAGUCUCAGCGGUUCUCCUGUUCGGGUCGAUGCAGUUCAAGCAAGAAAGGAAUUCGGAUCAAGCCACGUUGCCCGACAACACCGUGGCGCAGAAAAUCGCGCAUUUACUUGGUCUUUCCGUAACGGAAAUGACGAAGGCUUUCUUGAAACCGAGAAUUAAAGUGGGUCGCGAUUUCGUCACAAAAGCACAAACCAAGGAACAAGUUGAGUUUUCUGUUGAAGCUAUCGGUAAAGCUUGCUACGAACGUUUGUUCAGAUGGCUGGUGAACAGGAUCAACAGGUCUCUGGACAGGACAAAGAGACAAGGCGCCUCGUUUAUCGGCAUCCUCGACAUGGCAGGGUUCGAAAUCUUCGAAUUGAACUCCUUCGAACAGCUCUGCAUCAACUACACGAACGAGAAGUUGCAGCAACUCUUCAACCACACUAUGUUUAUAUUGGAACAGGAAGAGUAUCAGCGCGAAGGAAUCGAAUGGAAAUUCAUUGAUUUCGGUCUCGAUCUCCAACCGACCAUCGAUCUCAUCGACAAACCCAUGGGCAUCAUGGCCUUGCUCGAUGAAGAAUGUUGGUUCCCCAAGGCGACAGACAAGACCUUCGUCGAGAAGUUGGUGUCGGCCCACUCCGUGCACCCGAAGUUUAUGAAGACUGACUUCCGCGGCGUGGCAGACUUCGCCAUCAUUCACUACGCCGGUAAAGUGGACUACUCAGCCGCCCAGUGGCUCAUGAAGAACAUGGACCCGCUCAACGAGAACGUCGUGUCGCUUCUUCAGAACUCGCAGGAUCCUUUCGUUUGUCACAUCUGGAAGGACGCUGAGAUUGUCGGCAUGGCGCAGCAGGCGAUGACCGACACGCAGUUCGGUGCAAGAACGCGCAAAGGAAUGUUCAGGACUGUCUCCCAACUGUAUAAGGAGCAGUUGACUAAACUGAUGGCCACAUUGAGGAACACCAAUCCGAACUUUGUGAGGUGCAUCAUUCCCAACCAUGAAAAGAAAGCAGGAAAGAUUGAGGCGCCCCUCGUCUUGGACCAGUUGCGGUGCAACGGUGUCCUCGAGGGCAUCAGAAUUUGCAGACAGGGCUUCCCGAACAGGAUUCCGUUCCAAGAGUUCAGGCAGCGCUAUGAACUCCUCACUCCGAACAUCAUUCCUAAAGGUUUCAUGGACGGAAAGAAGGCCUGCGAACAGAUGAUCGAGGCUCUCGAGCUGGACCACAAUCUGUACAGAGUUGGUCAGUCGAAAAUAUUCUUCAGGGCCGGUGUGCUGGCUCACCUGGAAGAGGAGAGGGAUUACAAGAUCACGGACUUGAUAGUCAACUUCCAGGCGUUCUGCCGCGGCUACCUGGCCCGGCGGAACUACCAGAAGAGACUCCAGCAACUCAACGCCAUUCGGAUCAUUCAGAGGAACUGCGCUGCGUAUCUCAAGUUGAGGAAUUGGCAGUGGUGGAGACUGUAUAUUAAGGUGAAACCCCUUCUAGAAGUAACGAAACAAGAAGAGAAACUCACCCAGAAAGAGGAUGAGCUACGUCAGAUACGCGAGAGACUCGAAACCCAGGCGAAACGGUCCCAGGAGUUGGAGCAGAAGUACCAGCAGGCUACCGCUGAGAAGACCCAGCUCGCCGAACAAUUGCAGGCGGAAUUGGAACUGUGCGCCGAAGCGGAAGAGAGUCGAGCUCGCGCCGCGGCCAGGAAGCAGGAGCUGGAGGAGCUGCUGCACGACCUCGAGGGACGGAUAGAGGAGGAGGAGGAGAGAUGCAAUGCUCUGCAGCAGGAGAAGAAACGUCUCCAGCUGAAUAUACAGGACCUGGAAGAACAGUUGGAAGAAGAAGAGGCGGCCCGUCAAAAGUUGCAGCUGGAGCGUGUCCAGUGCGACUCCAAGAUCAAGAAGCUGGAGGAGGACCUCGCCCUGAGCGAUGACACCAACCAGAAACUUGUCAAGGAGAAGAAGAUUUUGGAGGAACGGGCCAACGAUUUGUCCCAAGCGUUGGCCGAAGAAGAAGAGAAGGCCAAACAUUUGAGCAAACUCAAGGCCAAACAGGAGUCUGCUAUCGCCGAACUUGAAGAGAAAUUACUUAAGGAUCACCAAAUGCGACAAGAAGUGGACCGAGCCAAGAGGAAACUGGAGACGGAGCUGCAGGACGUGAAGGAGCAGCUCGUGGAGAGGAAGGCGCAGCUCGAGGAGUUGCAGAUUGCACUCGUGAAGCGCGAGGAGGAGGUGACGGCGGCGGCGGCGCGCGCGGAGGCGGAGUCGGCCGCGCGCGCCGCCGCGCAGAAGGCCGCGCGCGAGGCGGAGUCGGCGCUGGCCGACCUGCACGACGACCUGGACGCCGAGCGCGCCGCCCGCUCCAAGGCAGAGAAGCUGCGCAGGGACCUCAACGAGGAGCUCGAGGCGCUCAAGAGCGAGCUGCUCGACUCGCUGGACACCACCGCAGCCCAACAGGAGCUCCGGUCGAAGCGCGAGCAGGAGGUGGCGGUGCUGAAGCGCAGCCUGGAGGAGGAGGCGGCGGCGCACGAGGCGGCGCUCACGCAGCAGCGCCACAAGCACUCGCUCGACCUGCAGGCGCUCAACGAGCAGCAGGAGCAACUCAAAAAGGCUAAAGCUGCUCUUGAGAAAGCGAAGCAGUCGCUGGAAGCAGAAAACGCGGACCUCGCCACGGAACUGAAGUCCGCCAGCGCCGCCCGCGCCGACGGCGAGAAGAAACGGAAGCAGGCGGAGGCCCAGCUCGCCGACCUCGCCGCCAAGCUGCAGGACAUCGAGAGGACCAGAGCGGAAGUCCAAGAGAAAUGCGUCCGUCUGCAGAGCGAGGCGGAGCAGGCCGCGGCUCAGCUGGAGGACGCCGAGCUGAAAGCCUCCGCCGCCGUCAAGCAGUCCGCUACCAUCGGCGCGCAGCUCACGGAGGCGCAGGCACUUUUGGAAGAAGAAACGAAGCAGAAGCUGUCCCUCCAGACGAAGCUCCGCAACAUUGAACAAGAGUUGGAACAGGCGCGCGAUCAGCUCGAAGAAGAAGAGGAGGCUAAGAAAAAUCUCGAAAAACAGGUGACGGCGCUAACGGUCCAAGUGUCCGAGGCGAAGAAGAAAGCAGAGGAGGAAGCUAAGAAUGCGGCCGCCCUGGAGGAGCAGCGCAAGAAGCUCAGCAAGGACGUGGAAGCUCUGCACCGACAGAUCGACGAGCUGCAGCAGGCCAACGACAAACUAGACAAGAGUAAAAAGAAACUUCAAGCCGAGCUGGAAGACACUAACAUAGAACUAGAAGCCCAGCGAGCCAAAGUUCUGGAGCUUGAGAAGAAACAGAAGAGCUUCGAUAAGGUGGUAGCUGAAGAGAGAGCCGUGGCGGAACGGUACGCUGCCGAGAGAGACCAGGCGGAGCACGAGGCCAGGGAGAAGGAGACCAGGGUGCUCUCUCUGACCAGGGAAUUAGAUGAUGCUGCUGAGAAGAUCGAAGAGCUAGAACGGACGAAGCGAGUGCUCCAAGCGGAGCUGGACGAGCUGGCCAACUCGCAAGGCACGGCCGACAAGAACGUCCACGAGCUGGAGCGAGCCAAGCGAGCGCUGGAGUCGCAGCUGGCCGAGCUGCACGCGCAGAACGAGGAGAUCGAGGACGACCUGCAGCUCACCGAGGACGCCAAGCUGCGGCUCGAGGUCAACAUGCAGGCCAUGCGCGCGCAGUUCGAGCGCGACCUGCAGGCUAAAGAAGAACAAGGCGAGGAGAAGCGUCGCGGCAUCGUGAAGCAGCUCCGCGACGUGGAGACGGAGCUGGAGGAGGAGCGCAAGCAGCGAGCCGCCGCGCUCGCGCAGAGGAAGAAGCUCGAGGCCGACCUCAAGGACGCCGAGCAGGCGCUGCACCUCGCCAACAAGGUCAAAGAAGAUGCCGUAAAACAGGUUAAGAAACUACAGCAGCAGCUCAAGGAAGCCGCCCGCGAGGCCGAAGAAGCCAGAGCCGGUCGCGAAGAGGCUUCGGCCUCGGCCCGAGAAGCCGAGAGGAAGCUCAAGGCUCUGGAAGCCGAGGCUCUCCAUCACGUCGAAGAGCUGGCGGCCGCCGAGCGAGCGAGACGACAGGCUGAGGCCGAGAGAGACGACCUGCACGAUGAACUCAAUAAUACCUCCGCUAAGAGUACACUUCUGAUCGAUGAGAAGAAACGUCUCGAGGCCAGAAUAGCCGCCCUCGAGGAGGACAUCGACGAAGAACAAUCCAACAACGAAAUACUUAGCGAUAGACUUAGGAAGGCGCAGAACCAAAUCGAUACAUUAACAAUGGAGUUGGGAACAGAGAAAUCUGCAACACAGAAGCUGGAGAGCGGCAAACUCGUCCUCGAGAGGCAGAACAAGGAGCUGAAGGCGAAACUCGCUGAAAUGGAGACGGCGGGACGGACCAAGACCAAGGGUGUUAUUACGUCAUUGGAGCUGAAGGUGGCCAACCUCGAGGAGCAACUGGAGGCGGAGUCGAGAGAGCGCCUCGCUCAACAGAAGGCCUCGAGGAAACUCGAUAAGAAGAUGAAGGAGUUGGCUCUUCAACUCGACGAGGAAAGAAGACAGGCCGACCAGUUCAAGGAACAGAUUGAAAAGAUGAACGUGAGAAUGAAAACACUAAAGCGUCGUUUAGACGAGGCGGAAGAGGAAGUGCAGCGCGAGAGGGCCGGCAAGAGGAAGGCGCAGAGGGAACUCGAGGACCUCAACGAGGCUCACGAAACCGUCACCCUCGAGUGCAACAACUUGAGGAACAAACUCAGGCGACAAGGUGGGCCGAUAAGUCUGUCCAGCGGCUCCACGACCUCGCGCAGGAACCGUCCAUCCUUGGCUCCGGGAGGCGGCUCCGGAGACGAGUCCUUCGAUGACGUCAACGAUACAACAAACAGCGUCGAGUAACAUUAACAAGUCACUAGCGAUGUUCACUUUGAAUUUUAUUCUUUAACACCCAUAGGGAUAGAGCUGAGAUUUCUUUGUAAGGUAAACCUUAGGCUUAGGUCCUUUGUAUGGCACGCAUUCGUAUUUCGAAAUUAUUUUUGGUAACGGUGUUGCAAACGUUAGAAAUCGAAGCGUUAUCGCAAUAUUUUUGUUAGAAUUAAAAGGUAUAAAUUCAAGUAGACAUCGCAUUCGGACAGUAAGUUUAACUCUACAGCUUCGCAUUCUGUUUUGCCUUUGAUAAUUGUUAUGUAUACAGAUUGUAGUAAUAAAUGUUACAAUAAUAUUUUAUGGUGUUAAAUAUUAAUGUCUACAUAUUAUGUAUGUACGGGGCAUAUUUCCGCCGUGCUGUUCACUCGGCCAAAGUUCUUAGUCGAUCAGAAGACAGAUUGUGACUGAUUUCCAGGACAAUAUGGCCGCCUGACAAAUUAUAAUGCUGACAAAUAUUAUUGUACCUUUUUAGAACGCGCUGUAUUUACGCGUACAUUUUAUAAGUAUUGUAAUUUAAAGAAAUGUAGAUAGGCACACUAGAGGCGGCCUAAGUUUUUAACGAAUAUAUUCGGCUCUCUGUCACUCUUGCGGUCAGAGCCCGAGUGCGACAGAGACGUGCAUAGCUGCAUUUUAACCUCUUGCUUAGAUACCGGUGCUCAAUUUAAUCUAAAAAACAAUGCAUUUAAACAGUCUUAUGUAUCCUUUUGGUACUUUCUCACAACUAUUUUGAUAUCCCCAAUUGCGCAUCCAGUAUUAUACGAUACAUUCCUUGAUAAAUCGAAGUAUAUCUUCAUGUUUACCCAGAUUCGAUCGAAAAUAACAUUGGUGAUAUUCUUUUUUUUUUUUAAAUGUAAACAAAGAGUAUUAUUGUUUUGUGGCAAAAGUACAUAAAUCAUGUUAUAAGAAAAUAAGCAAAAUAGUGCAUUUAAAAAAAGCGACUGAGCAACGAAGACUGUUUUUGAGGGAAUCGUUUUUUGAGACACUUAAUUCGAAAUUUGUACAACGUUAAAUUUAUAUUAAUAUUUUUUACUACCGUCAAAUUGAGUGUGAUGGAUAACACUGUUUCCGGAUCGAACCCGCGAUCCGUUGGUCCGCCACGACGCUCGCCUCGCGUGACGUCCCGCGCUACAUGUAAAUAAAAUCAGUGCGAACACUGAGCGCUUAGUUGCCAUAAAAUUUUACGAUUUAGUUUUAAGUAACACGAAACAUUUAGCCUUUUUGAUGCAUACGUGACGGUUCUGAACUUUAACGUCUACACAGUAAGUACGAGAAUAGCUUGACGUAUGUUAACUGUCGCGUAUCGCUAUUUUUGUAACCGUAUUUCACUCAAAAUGUAACGUUUUUAAACAACAAAACGUGUAAAUACGCCAUUGUUUUUGGUGUUUUUUUUUUUAAAAUACAAUGCUGUAUCGAUUGUUGCCAACCGAAAAAAUAAAGCGGCAGACACGGCUCACGAACAUAGACGUUUAAUAUUAAGAACGUAGGAAUAAAUUGUGGCCUUAGGUUUUUUUUUUAAUAUGGACAAUACGUAAAUCGGAACGUUAUCGCCCUCUGUUGGCGCUAAAUACGAGUGUAACUUUGUAAUGAGCAUUUUAACAAUGUCUAUCAACGUCUAUUUAUCUACCUAUCCAAUUUUUUAUUUUUAUUUUAUUUAAUAAAUAUAGUUUUUUUCUUUUUCCGAUAUAAUAAUAUAAAUUCUAAAUGUAAGUGAACCAUUGAAGCAUAAACAUAUUUUACAUAAAUAUUAUAUUUAAUUAUUAACAAUAUUGAUGUAAUUGUAAAAUUGGUCAUAGGUUGUAACAAGUUAUAAGUUGGUAUGCCAA